CAGCUGGAAUCCUCGUCAACUGUCAUGCUGCACUCCCUCGUCCAAACCAAGCUCAUCAGCAGCUUGGCCGAAGCUUCCUACAUCCUGGGGGUCUUGAACUCAAUGAUCAUUAAGUCCAUUGAAGGUACUUAUAAGUUACUUCACUUGCGUAACAAAUUUAGGUACAUCACUAUUCAGCUUUGUUUCUAUUACCCCCAAAACGCAACUUUUUUCAUUUACCCCACAAUAUUAGAUAUCCUACUAUUCAAAAUAAUAUCCGGAACAAAACUAUUCAAAUUUCAAAACAAUAUCAGAUACCCGACUGUUAAACAUCUAUUAACAAAAAUUCAUCUCAAUGUUACAGAGAACUGAAUAAGCACUAUUUAAUGCAUUGAUUUCUCUUGCCAACUCAGACAACUAUGCCUACCUGAUGCGUGUGUUGAGAGCUUUGAUUGAGAAAGGUCAAGAACUCUUGACCACCAGCAUUCAUCUCCCUCAUCUUCCCAAGUCAUCCAUGAGUCCCACAUUUUUUGAUGACUUCAAGACAUACGUGUACAGUGAUGAAUGGCAGAUGUUUAUAAAGAGCUAUGUGAGUAUGUGUACAUGGCAGACAUUCAUCGAGUGUGUGUCCAGUGAUGAGUAGACAUACUUGGAAUAUGUGUACAUUGGCAGACAUUCAUAGAAUGUGUGUACAGUGAUGAAUGGUAGACAUUCAUAAAUGUAUGUGUGCAGUGAUGAAUGGCAGACAUUUGUAGAAAGUAUGUGUGCAGUGAUGAAUGUCAGACAUUCAUAGAAUGUGUGUGCAGUGAUGAAUGGCAGACAUUCAUAGAAAAUGUAUGCAGUGAUGAAUGGCAUACAUUUGUAGAAUAUUUUUUUACAUUGAUGAAUAGCGUCAUAUAAUUGUUGUCGUGGUUCUUGUAGGCUGGACCCCAAAUGACCCACUUCAUUGAGAUGAACUUUGAGGUGAGUGCCCAGACCAUGAUCCACUUCUGGUCAGACUGU